AUGGCAGAGCCAAUUCAGCAGCUGACCAGAGGUAACAAUCCCCAGGAGAGACAGACCGUCCCGUUUACUCUGAUCCAGCGCAAAGAAAACCUUGGAGAUCUGCUUUAUGAAAAACGUCAGUAUGGAAAAGCCAAAUGGGCUUGUAUAAAAAUGAAAGAAAAACAGUAUGAACAGAGCAUAUGCCUUGGAUUCAUGAAGCUUAUGAGGUACAUUUGUGAGCAGAAUUCCUCAGGACUGUACUUGGGGAUAACAAUACCCAUUGUGACCAUAGUCCAUACAAACGAAUCUCAAUCGGAGAUGACGCAGUCAGUGACAGUAGCGUACUACCUGCCUGAAGUGCUGCAGGACGAGCCACCUCAUCCUUUCGACUCAGACAUAAUCAUUGAAGAAUGGCCUUCUACUAUCGUGUAUAGUAGGAGCUUCAGAGGAAUCACCAAUGAAGACUCCAUAAUGAGAGAAAUAAACCUCUUGGCGGAAAUUCUGGAGAGUCCCGAGUUAUGUUUGCAGGAUACAUUCAUCAUUGCAGGAUAUACAAAUCCCGCUGCUGCCAAUCGACACAACGAGAUAUGGUUCCUUCAAAGACCGUAG